AUGAGUGAUGUUGAGGCAGUCUCCUCAUUGCCAGCUGCCCUGGAUGUUGGACAAAGUGCUCUUGCAGUGAAGGUGAAUCACCAGAAGCUUUCUGGUCCACCCUCCCCCAAGAGGGCUUCUCCACCAUCCCAUCCCAGAGGAGAGGAUGUUCCCAAGAAGAAGGCCAAUCCGGCUGCAGAUGGCGACGAGCCAUCAAGCCCCAAGGCUGACUCGGAGGCAGAAACCAUAAUCCAGUCGGGCCGUGAGUCGUUGUCGCCGGAGAAGAGACGAAAGUAUAUAAAGCAUGACCCGAAACGACGUGACGAUGGAAAUGACAACGUUGAUGCUGUGGAGGGUGAUCUUCCUCCUAAUGAUUUGCAGGUUAGAAAGAGAAAGGGUUCUCGGGACGAUUCACAAGAGGGGUCUGAUCAUGAUGUUCGCCCUACAAGUCUUCCUCCAAGGGUGCCGUCGCCGUCGGUUGUCAAGAUUGAAAAGCCCGAGGAGUCGCAGAAUUUUGCCAGGAAACGCGAGUCCUCACACGCCGGUGCUUCCAUUCCCAAAAGCGACAAGGCCCGCAUCUCGAGAAAGCGUAGCUUCAGCGAGAGUGUCGAUGGAGAUGGGGACGGCUACCGCCGUGCUCGUCAGAACCCAGGAGUAUCCCGCGACCGAGGCCGGAAAGACAUGAACGGAAUCUACUUUGCUCGCCCCGCUUCAAAUGACCGGUCGGUCUCCCCCAUUAGGCCCUCGCACAAGCGGACCGCUUCUGGCCCCCAACUUGGUGGUAGCGACGUUUAUCGAAAAAGGAAGGCGCCCACGCCGCUCAUUACUGGAUUUCAAAGACAGAGUUCUGAGGACAGGCAAUCAAUCUCUUCUUCUACCAGUGGAUCCCCGCUACCAAGUGCCCACCUUCGGAAGCUCGCAUCGGUGGAUGGUGCUUCUGCAUCUCCAGCCAGGCCGAUGGGUCACAAAAAGCAACGCGAUCAAAAUGGCCGGACGCGCCUCGCACGAGCAUGUGCGGCCCAGGAGUUGGAAGUGGCGAUGGCAAGGCAUGCAGAACGCCCUGAUGACUUGAAUGUUGCCGACAACGCUGGAAAUACCCCGCUUCAAAUUGCUUCUCUUGAGGGUUGUGCGCCUAUUGUCAAAUUCCUGCUUGAGGCUGGGUGCGAGAUAGACACCAAGAAUAUCGACAAGGAUACCCCCUUAAUCGACGCUGUGGAAAAUGGACACUUGGAUGUUGUGAAGCUUCUACUUGAGGCUGGUGCUAAUCCUCGGACUGUGAAUGCGGAGGGCGACGAGCCAUACGAACUAGCUCCGUCUGAUUCGGAUGACUACGAUGAGAUCAGACGGGUACUUGCUGAAGCCAAAGCCAACCCCCGACCAGGUCGACGCUCAGAAGAACGGGCCGGAACCGGAAAUCGAGAAUUUCCUUCACGGCGAACUUCUGCAGUUAGCCCUCGCGACUCGCCUCCAGUAAACGGCCCGCGGAGUCCACCCCUUUUUAGUGCCGCUGCCAAACGAAAGAGCGUUCGAAGUGAAGCCACUAGAAACGAUUUGCUGUGGACGAAGGCAACACCAGAAAACCUUCAAGCAUUUGCUGCGAAAGGCGAUAUAGCGGGAGUCGCAAACAUUCUAAAUGUCGGACAGAAGGCAGACGCUGACUCGAUGAUUGCAGCCGCCAAGGGUGGUCAUGACGAGGUCCUAUCUCUCUUGCUGGGCAUGGGAUAUGCAGACCCCGAUCCCGACCCCGUACAAUCCCACAAAGCAGGCUACAGCACUCCCAUGCUUGCUGCAAUUGGUCGAGGCAAUUUGGCUGUCAUCAGACUCUUGCUGGAUCAACCGGGGUUUAAUCCCACUCGUCGCUUCCGCGGUCAUACCUAUUUCGAUCUGUCGGAAGACCGCAAAGGAGAAAACUGGGAGGACGAAUCUUCUCUUCUAAGAGACGCCUACGAUAACUAUAGCCGAACCAGGAAACCCCGGAAGGCAGACUUAUCUUCACCCCGACGGCCACGGGAUAGGGAGAAAGAGAACAAACGACCUGCACGCAGGGAUUCGAUUUCGCCCGUAGCCCGCCCACGGAAAACUAACGGUAGUCCGGGUGACAGUAAUCGAGAUUCUUUCUCCAAAGAUCCAGGUCUGCUGAAAGAGCGAAGACGAGAUGGCGUAGGCCACUUGAAGGAGAAGGCCAAUUCUGGCACCUCGCGACCAAAGAGUUUCCGAAGAGAAAGUAGCGACAAUCCCACUUCUGAUGGCGAUGCCCCUCGAUUAGAGUCUUCCAGGCCAAAGGCGCAUUCCUCAGCAAAAGACAGUGAAUAUGCUGCGGCAGCUCGUGCGGAUGACAUGCCUAAACGCAGACGUUUAAUACCGGGGCGGCCACCGCAGAGACGACCCAGCCUGAUUUCGUCGGAUUCUUUGUCUGGACGUGACGAAAACACCAAACCGCGCCUUGAGAACCCACCUGACGCCCCCCCAUCGAAGCAUGGACCUCCGCCAUUGAAACGCGUCCGUAGCAGUGAGAGUCCCGAUGGACCUCGUUCCCGUGGACCAGAGACAGAUCGGCAUUCUCACGAGACACAGAAGAAGAAACGACGAGUUCUCUCUGAGGACGGGGCGCCGAAUCUCACAAACGGAAGCACGAAGAAGACUCAGGAUUCUCGGCAUAAGAAUGAUGUCAACGAUGAUCGCCCCACGGAUCUUGGGCGAGAUCAGUUGCACAAACGAAUUUCUAACCACAAAGUGGUCGACCGGAAUCCCGUUAAACAAGAACGUGAGAGGCACGAGGCUCGUGGCCUGGAUGCUAUCCCAAUGGAAGACUCGAAGAGCGCAGCAAAGAAGGCAGAAGCUGAAGCUGAAGAACGCCGGUUAGCCGAAACGAAGAAAGCCGAGGAAGAGCGUAUUGCUGAACUUGCCGAGGACAAGCGAAUUGCUGCUGAAGCAGAGCGGGCUCGAGAAGCCAAGGAACAAGAGGAACGAGCGGCCCAACUUGCACGGGAAAAGGCUGAGGAGGAAGAACGCAGGCGCAAGGAGGCGGAACAGAGGAGGGUUAAGCAGGCAGAAGACGAGCGCCAGAAACGUCUUGAACAGGAGCGAGCUCGUCUCGCAAAACUGCGCCGGGAGCAGGAAGAGCAAGAGCAGCGGCGCCGAGAUGCUCUGCCAAGUAGGCUCCGUGCUGCCGCUAAUCUUGUUGGCUCCAGCGAUCCCCGAGCGAAGAGUCAUACCUGGCUGCGGAAGUUUAUGCCCGUGGUCACUGCUCAGACCAAGCAACUCGAUCCCUCAUGCCAACCGGAUGUGGCGAACGAAAAAUGGGUUCCCAAUUACUUGAUUGCACCUCUGCUCGCGACCAACGACCUCCAGCUGUCCCAAUAUGCCACUUGGGAGAAACGCAGGGCAACAUCGACUCAACGCAUAAAUCUCUGGCGUGUUACACGGAGAAUGCUUGUUCAAGCAGACGAGGCCGAAUUCCAUAACUCGUCAUUUGGACAGGUCAUGCAGAAGGAUUGUGAAACACGACCCAAGUACUUCGAUAUGGAACAUGUGUUCUGGGUCAGGCUUUCCGACUUCAUGGAUCUCGUCCCUCAUAUCCCGCAUUUGCACGGACUUGACAUACAGUUUCUUCGUAUGCACAUCGACCACGAACCCUCACCCGAGGCGCCUGUCCUUGAGUUGCCGCAGCCUAAUGGGCAUUCGGACGGAGAAGAGACCAUGUCCAACCCCCCUGUCGCGGCCGAUGAGGUCGAGGUUUCCGCCGACGCUGGCGCAGGUGGCCAGAUGUCCGUCCUUGACGCCCUCAAGGGAGUCCUCCGCAUCUCCCUGAUCCACGACGGUCUUGCCCGUGGUCUCCGUGAGGCCGCCAAGUCUCUUGACCGUCGCCAGGCUCACAUGUGUGUCCUCAACGAGGGCUGUGAGGAGGAGGCUUACAAGAAGCUCGUUGUUGCUCUCUGCUCCGAGCACAAGAUCCCCCUCAUCAAGGUUCCCGAUGGAAAGAUGUUGGGCGAGUGGGUUGGUCUUUGCCAGCUCGACCGUGAGGGUAACGCCCGCAAGGUCGUCAACUGCUCUUGCGUUGUCGUCAAGGACUGGGGUGAGGAGUCCCAGGAGCGCUCCGUUCUCCUCAACUACUUCCAGACCGAGCAGUAA